CUCUCUCUCAUCGAUAUUCUCGCCCUCACACAGAGUAAACACAGAGCUCCUCGUCCUGCUCUGACAUUUCACCUGAACACGGCAGCAGUAAUAAUAAAAUCAUGUUUCUGCAGCAGCUGAACUUCAGCUCUGCAGCAAAUUAUCUUCUGCUCCCGUUUCUUCUUCACUGCACAUUUAUUUUAUUAAAGCAGCCUCCGACUCUGUUCCCUGAAAUAUCAUUUAAAGAUCUAAUAAUUAUCAACAUUAUAAAGAAUAAGUCAUUUCACCAACGUGACGGGGGAAAGUGGAAAACUAAAUGUUUUCUUAAAAGAACAUCAUGAAAAGAUUCAAACCUCGUCUGACAGCUCGCCGCUUUGAUCCCGUUGAAACUCUGGAUCUGUUUGUUUUGUUUUUCAGAAGUUGAGUCUUUCUCUCUGAAGCGUCUGAUUGGUCGUCGUUUGUCGGGGAGGACAGGGAGUCGAAGGCCAUGGCGGGCCGACUCCUCCUCUUCCUGUUCGUCUCUGUGACACUUAGCCACGCCCACUUCCCCUCUGGCCAGCGCCUCAAGCCCCGCCUCCAAAGAGAUCGCCGCAACAUCCGACCGAACAUCAUCCUGGUGCUGACGGACGACCAGGACCAGGUGCUGGGUUCAAUGCAGGCGAUGAAUAAAACUCGCCGCAUCAUGGAAGAGGGUGGGACUUCCUUUUCCAAUGCCUUUGUGACCACGCCCAUGUGCUGUCCGUCACGUUCGAGCAUGCUCACUGGGAAGUACGUCCACAACCACAACACCUACACCAACAACGAGAACUGCUCCUCGAUGUCAUGGCAGCGGCAGCACGAGCCGCGCAGCUUCGGGGUCUACCUCAACAACACGGGAUACAGGACAGCCUUCUUCGGGAAGUACCUGAACGAGUAUAACGGCUCGUACGUCCCCCCCGGCUGGAGAGAGUGGCUCGGUCUGGUGAAGAACAGUCGAUUCUACAACUACACACUGAGCCGCAACGGAGUCCGAGAGAAACAUGGAGCCCAGUACCCACAGGACUACCUGACCGACCUGAUCACAGCUGAGUCCAUCAGAUACUUCCGCUCCUCAAAGAGGAUCUAUCCUCACCGCCCCGUCAUGAUGGUCCUGAGCCACGCCGCCCCACACGGACCCGAGGACUCUGCACCGCAGUACAGCACAGCAUUCCCCAACGCAUCGCAGCACAUCACUCCCAGUUAUAACUACGCUCCAAACCAAGACAAGCACUGGAUAAUGCGUUACACCGGCCCCAUGAAGCCCAUCCACAUGGAGUUCACCAACGUGCUGCAGAGGAAACGACUGCAGACGCUGCUUUCUGUGGAUGACAGCAUGGAGAAGGUAGAUGACACACAUACACACACACACACACACACACACACACACACACUUCUGUUUGCCCUGUUACAUGAA